AUGCCUAAAGCUCCUCUACGUUUUCGAAAACGGGACAAUUCAAAGGAUUGUUCGAAUCCCCAAAAAGAAACAGUUCCAAAGAUGUUGAAGGUCACAACACCUGUUUCAAGAUCUACUAAUGUUCAAUCUGCUCAUCCUUUAAACAUCCCAGAGUCUACUAAAGUGAGUUCGUCAAACGAAUCUGAUCAUACACUCCUUUCAUCCCGUAUGUCCAUGGGUGUUUUCAAGAAACAUGAUAUAGGCUUGAAUCGUGGAAGAAUUCCAAGCACAAUUGUACCAGUUGAUAAUCGUGGUUCUACUAAGCAGACAAUUCAAGAGAGGUUCCAAACAAGAGUUAUAGAAGCUGAGCAUAAUUUAGCUUGUGCCUGGUCGGAAGAUGGUGCAAAUCAUACCACUAGAAAGUCUCCCACAGGCAGAGUUGACCCAUCUUGUAUUUGUGAAGACCAAAAUCUUGACAAUGAUAUCAUUGGAGCUUUAUUUGAUGACAACGAUUAG